ACAUCAGCAGGUUCUGUGACCGUUGUGCUGGCCAUGACCGGUGUUGCCACUAUCACAGCCUCCGACUCCUUUACGUACGACUCCGCCAUCACAGGACAGAUAUCUUCCAUCAGUCAUGCCACUUCAAGUGUCAAAGGUGGAGAAGUGAUAACAAUUACCGGCUCCGGAUUUGGUAGCUCUGGGUCGCUGAUCAUCGGAAGCACAGUUGUCUCCCCUGUGACAUACACGGACACCAUGGUGUCGGGCCCCCUGCCCUCACUCAGUACUGGAGGACACGCUGUCAAGGUGUUGAAAGUGACCGGUGCUGCUGUUUUCAGCAG